AUGAUCCCUACCUUAUUGACCACAACUUCUGUAUUUAUUAUUGCCUUCAUUGCUGCUCCUCCAGUAGAUAUUGAUGGUAUUCGUGAACCUGUUUCUGGAUCUCUACUUUACGGAAACAAUAUUAUUUCUGGUGUUAUUAUCCCUACUUCUGCAACUAUCGGUUUGCACUUUUACCCAAUUUGGGAAGCUGCUUCCAUUGAUGAAUGGUUAUACAAUGCUGGUCCUUAUGAGCUAAUUGUUCUACACUUCUUACUUGGUGUAGCAUGUUACAUGGGUCGAGAGUGGGAACUUAGUUUCCGUCUGGGUAUGCGUCCUUGGAUUGCUGUUGCAUAUUCAGCUCCUGUUGCAGCUGAAAAACGCUAG